AUGUCUGAGGAAGAUCUUCAAGGGCCUGACACUUCAGGGAAUUCUUCUCAACGCUCUACUCAGCGGACACUAACCAUCGAAGAAAAGAAUGAGAUAUUCCGCAAGUGUACACAGACUUAUUCAAAAGGAGUCGUCUUUGGACUUGGGGAACUACCUCUGAUGGUUCAAAGCGGAAAGGGGAAGGAGAGCUUUGCAAGCUCCACUGUGCCGGAACUCUCACAGAUCCAAGACCAACUUCAGGAAGCGCAGCGUAAGAUUGAUGCUCAAGAGGCAUAA